AUGAGCCGCACCAGUGCCAGGUCCGGGCACCUGUCGCAGCCGGUCGUGAAGAGCGUGCUGGUGUACCGCAACGGGGACCCCUUCUUCACGGGCCGCCGCGUCGUCUUCCACGAGAAGAGGGUGUCCAGCUUCGACGUCUUCCUCAAGGAGGUGACGGGCGGCGUCCAGGCGCCCUUCGGAGCGGUUCGGAACAUCUACACCCCGCGGACCGGGCACCGCAUCUGGAAGCUAGACCAGAUCCAGAGCGGGGGCAACUACGUGGCCGGGGGCCAGGAAGCCUUCAAGAAACUCAAUUACUUGGACAUAGGAGACAUCAAGAAAAGACCAAUGGAAGCUGUGAGUACAGAGGUAAAACCAGUAACCCACAGCAGGAUCAAUGUGUCAUCUCGCUUUAGAAAACCACUUCUGGAACCCUGCACUAUCUUCUUGAUUGCAAAUGGAGACCUCAUAAACCCGGCUUCUCGACUCCUCAUUCCUAGAAAAGCCUUGAAUCAGUGGGAUCAUAUACUGCAGAUGGUCACGGAAAAGAUAACUCUGAGAAGUGGGGCUGUCCACAGACUCUACACUUUAGAAGGAAAACUGGUUGAGAGUGGGGCAGAGCUGGAGAACGGGCAGUUUUAUGUGGCUGUCGGCAGAGAUAAGUUUAAGAAGUUGCCUUACAGUGAAUUACUUUUUGACAAGUCGACGAUGAGAAAGUCUUACGGUCAGAAAACCUCUUCACUACCUCCAAUUGUAGGAUCCAGAAAGUCUAAAGGCAGUGGAAAUGAUCGCCAGUCUAAGUCGACAGUUGGAUCCAGUGACAACUCAUCUCCUCAGCCCCCAAAGAGGAAAGGGAAAAAAGAUGGGAAUUCAGAAAAACCCACGAAAGGGAAACAAAAUGCCAAGUUAAAGAGUUCACCACAAACAAUCCCAAACAGUGAUGAAGGCGUUUUCAAAGCUGGAGAGGAGAGAUCAGAAACGCGAGGGGCAGCUGAAGUCCAAGAAGAUGAAGACACUCAAGUUGAGAUUCCAGUGGACCAGAGGCCAGCAGAAAUAGUAGAUGAGGAAGAAGAUAAAGAGAAGGAAAACAAGGAGGUGGAACAGAAGGAAGACUUCUCAGGAAUGAAUGGUGAAGUUAAAGAGGAAGGAGGAGACCAGGAGGAGCCUGAAGCUCCAGAGCAAGCAGAGGAGAUCCUGGAUCACAGGGAGGAGCAGGCGGGUUCUGCUGCUCGUGUGAACGGAGGGACCGAUGAAGAAAACGGCGAGGAACUGGGGCAGGUUAAUAAUGAGCCUCAAGAAGCGGUGGAGGAGGAAAUAAAGUCUCAAGGAGCUGGCAGUGGACAUGAAGAGGCUGAUUUGGACCCUCAAAGACCACCAAAACCAGAAGUGAAAAUCACUAGUCCACAAGAAAAUGAUGACAACGAACAAAACAAGGAUAAUUUGUCAUAG